AUGCCACGGGAACUCUCUGCUCUUGCUUACCUUUUACCUUCCAAAAAUUAUUUAUUAGAUUCCCCUCAGAUAUAUAAAUACAAUACUUUUAUUGAAAAUUCUACUUCUUUACAUACGUCAUCGUAUGCUUUUGAUUGUAUAAGCAAUAUUAACUUUUUUAAUACUAAUACCGACUCUACCAUUAACAUUACCCCAUUUGAUAUCAAUAAAAAUCACUUUAUCGAUAUUGACUCUACUAGUAAAAACAAUACAAUAUCUUUUCGUAUUUUAUUAAAAAGAAUUAUAUCUAGUGGAUUCUCUUUAAUAAAAAUGAAUAUUAAUCUACAUCCACCUGUUGGUUCAAUAAAACCCGUGAUUUAUUAUAAUGGAAAAUUUCAUCUCGUGGAAGAAGAUACUGCUGCCAAAUUUCAUUUUGAUACCGAUUAUGCAUUAUUUCAAAUUUAUAAUCUAAAAGGUAGCAAAAAUGAUUUCAUUGAAGCCAUUACUGAUUUAGCAGGACCUUCCAGUACUAUAUCAUUCUUGAAUGAUUUCGUGAGAGUUUUUACAAGGAAUUUGGAAAGUAAGAUAGAAUUAAGAGCUGGUUCAGUUAAUAACACAUUGGACCCUAAUAGAUUAAAGAUAAAAAUUAAAUUCAGCAAUAAAUCUCAUGCAGACUUAGUAGACUUCUUAGCAAACUCAUCGAAAAUUGCAUCAUUAACAUUAAACGGUUUCACUGAUUGGAUACCAUUAGAUAGUACAAGUUAUGAAUCGUUAAUAAAAUCCGAAGAAGAACGUCAAAAUUCGAUUCUUAGAGCAUUGGGUGAUACAAUUGAUCCCAUAGUCUUAGAUGUAGCAAUUGACGAUUUAUUAGAUGAUUUCGCGACAGGUGCAUUUGAAAAAUUAUUUCCAGGACCAAUUCUAAAUAUUAAUAGAGAUAGUAAAAAAAAUAAUGGGAAAGUUGUAAUGACUACAGUGAUAACUAGAGGAAGGUAUUCGUUUGAUGAAAGUAUGGGAAAGAUUUUCAUUGAGAUAUUGAAUGCUUUAAUUCAGGAUCGAAGAUUGGAGAAGAAUUUUGAUGAGCAUACAUAUGAUUCAUAUUUCUUGUUAGUAGUCAGAUUACUAAAUCUAAUUAGAGAUUUGGUACACCUCAAUGAAAUAUACGAAGAUUUUCAUUCACCCAGAAUGUGUCCUUUAUUCUCGAAUUCAAUAAAAUAUAUGAAAGUUAAAUAUGUGGAAAGUUUGACAGAUCUUGAGAAAGCAUUAAUUGAUAUUGGAUUCGAAAAAUUUGAAGAUCGAUUACAAGAAUUAACAAUGAUAGUGCGAGAAAUAGAUAGAAAUGUAGAAGCUUCAUACAGAAAUAUACAAAUGGAUGUGGAAAAAUGGGAAAAACAAAAGAAAAUGGUCAAUUUCUUUUAUAUAUUAUCAAUUUUUGUGACAAUUGCAUUGCCAGUUUCAUAUCAUUAUUAUAGACAACUUCCAUUUAAAUUUAUUAUGACAGUAAUAGGAAUUUCUAUAAGUUUAUUAAGUGCAUUGUGGAAUGGUUGGUCAAAAAAUAAUUAUAGUAAAGCUAUCAAAACUCACAAAAAAGCUAUAUCUAUUCAUGCAGCAACAGCAAAUAGUUUAGAAGCAUUGCAAAGAUGGUUAAAUAGGAUUUCAAUAGUGAAAACUUAUAAAGUUCCAAUUAACAAUGAAGAAUUGAAUGUGAGAAAAACAGUUCUUAUGUAUUUGUUUGAUGAAUUGGUAUCAACAUCUGCAGAGAUUAGACUAAGCAUUGGUCUUGAAGAUGAAUUAAGAAAAUAUAGAUAA